CUAUGAAGACUGCCACACAGUAUGGUCUGGUGGGCUGGGUGAUGAACACUCCACAAAACACUGUGAAGGGCCAGGUUCAGGGCAAAGAGAGCAAAGUGAAAGAAAUGAAAGAAUGGCUUCAGAAGACAGGCAGCCCAAAGUCAAAAAUUGAAAGAAGUGAAUUUAAAAAUGAAAGGACAAUAGAAAAAACUGAGUUCUCUUCAUUUAAUGUAAGAAAAUGACAGCAGUUACCAAACCAUACAACAGACAUCAAUCUUGAUAAUUUAUUUGAAAUACUGUGCUGUCUGGAGACUCAGCAAAAGUACGGCUGUCUUAACCUUUUCCUGUGUGACAGUCUA